AUGGGCCGGCGCCGGGCGCCCGAGCUGUACCGGGCCCCGUUCCCGUUGUACGCGCUUCAGGUCGACCCCAGCGCGGGGCUGCUCAUCGCUGCGGGCGGAGGAGGCGCUGCCAAGACGGGCAUAAAGAAUGGCGUGCACUUUCUGCAGCUAGAACAAAUUAAUGGGCGCCUGAGCGCCUCUUUGCUACACUCUCAUGACACAGAGACACGGGCUACCAUGAACUUGGCGCUGGCUGGUAACAUCCUUGCUGCAGGGCAGGAUGCCCACUGUCAGCUUCUGCGCUUCCAGGCCCAUCAGCAGAAGGGCAAAAACAAGACAGAGAAGGCAGGUUGCAAGGAACAGGGGCCACGACAGAGGAAGGGGGCAGCCCCAGUAGAGAAGAAGUCUGGAGCUGAAACCCACCAGGAGGGGGUAGAACUCAGUGUAGAGAAUUUGCAAGCGGUGCAGACAGACUUCAGCCCUGAUCCGUUGCAAAAAGUUGUAUGCUUCAACCACGAUAACACCCUGCUCGCCACUGGAGGGACGGAUGGCUACGUUCGUAUCUGGAAGGUACCCAGCCUAGAGAAAGUUCUGGAGUUCAGAGCCCAUGAAGGAGAGAUUGAGGACCUGGCUUUGGGGCCUGAUGGCAAGUUGGUAACUGUGGGCUGGGACCUUAAGGCCUCCGUGUGGCAGAAGGAUCAGCUGGUGACACAGCUGCACUGGCAAGAGAACGGACCCACCUUUUCUAACACGCCUUACCGCUACCAGGCCUGCAGGUUUGGGCAGGUUCCAGACCAGCCUGCCAGGCUGCGACUCUUCACAGUGCAGAUUCCCCACAAGCGUCUGCGCCAGCCCCCACCCUGCUACCUCACAGCCUGGGAUGGCUCCACCUUCUUGCCCCUUCGGACUAAGUCCUGCGGCCAUGAAGUCAUCUCCUGCCUUAGUGUCAGUGAAUCGGGCACCUUCCUAGGCCUGGGCACAGUCACUGGCUCUGUUGCCAUCUACAUAGCUUUCUCUCUCCAGCGCCUCUAUUAUGUGAGGGAGGCUCAUGGCAUUGUCGUGACAGAUGUGGCCUUUCUACCUGAGAAGGGUCGUGGUCCAGAGCUCCUUGGCUUCCAUGAAACUGCCCUGUUCUCUGUGGCUGUGGAUAGUCGUUGCCAGCUGCACUUGCUGCCCUCACGGAGGAGUGUUCCUGUGUGGCUGCUGCUCCUGCUAUGUGUCGGACUUAUUGUUAUGACCAUCCUGCUGCUCCAGAGUGUGUUUCCAGGUUUUCUUUAGCCUUUCUGCUCUUAGGGAAUCAGGGGCCUGGACAUUACUACCUUCUAGAACAGAGUGGAGGCCUGAACCCCAUUGCUCAUUCCACCUGAAUCCAUAGUUGGCGUUCCUCUGAUGAGACUGACGGGC